AUUACCGAGAGUCACGAAAAACGUAAUCGUAAAACGUAAUAGUAAAACGUAAUCGCAAAACGUAAUCGUAAAACGUAAUCGAAAAACGUAAACGUAAAACGUGAUCGUAAAACGUGAUCGCGAAACGUAAACGUAAAACGCAAGCGCAAAACGUAAUCGUAAAACGCGAACGUAAUACGUAAUUGCAAAACGUAAUCGCAGCGCUAUGCGCCGUACCUAUCGUAUCACUUGCAGUAUUGGUUUUGACGUUUGUAAUAGAGUUUUGCUUUUACGAUUUACAAUUUAUGUUUUUGCAAGCUGCGUUUGCAGUCCCGGAUAAACAUAAAAUUACUGAACAGGUGUUGGAUUUAGGCUGGGAGCUUCCAAAGUACGAAGCUGAUUCGAGCCUGAAGCCCCAGCAACAGACGCGAGAACGAAGGCCUGCCUUGGUGAUGGCGCAGCAUCUGGUUGGGUGGUGUGAGCGUGAGAAGAAGUUGCCUGCGAAGAACAAGGAAGUGAGAAUGGAGUUUCAACUUCAGAGGUGGUGGGAGAAGCUACGUUCUGCGCAACGCCAGGGUCGGAUCGCUGCAAGUUUCAAAUCUUCUCUCGCAGACCUGUGCCGCGGUGCAAAUCUGCCUCCGGAGCUGAACUUGCUGUCUCUGCUCGAGGAUACCAAGCCGGUGAAGCGGCCGUGGUUUCACGAGAGGUCUGGCCAGGAGUACUUUGAUGCGGUAAUGGCGAAGCUAAAGACGGAUCCGAAUGACAAGGAAAGCAACAAGAAGGUCGAGGAGUUUUUGCGACGUUUCGAAGAAGACGAGCACAAGUUUCUCCCUGAGCAGCAAACGCAGUUGCAGCGUGAGAAGCAAGCACGGAGUGCUAGGGACCCUAAGGUUGACCCGCCAGCAAGAAAAAGGUGGAAAAAACACCCGGUUCAUGGCAGGCACUCGCGAAAGACGAAGUACGCGACAGGGAAGAGGCCAGGUUAG